GAAAUGAUAACCUUUUUUUCCAGCCAAUCCAAAACUAACCCUUCCCCUUUCCUUGGUUUUAGGUUUUCAAGGCAAUUUCAAUUUUCAAGUCCCAGGGAACCGAAGUUGAGUGAAUUGGUAUAUGAAUUGCGAAAAGCUCAGCAAUCCAAGCAUGGAUAAGAAGCAGUAGCUGAAGCACACAGUGAGCAAAGCAAAAGAGGAAUCCACCAUGGAGACGAAGGAGAAGAAUGACAAGAGUAAGAGCACUCUUGAGAUCCUCCCUCCUGAGCUGAUUCAAAGAAUCCUACUGCGGGUGCCGGUCAGGCAUCUUGCUCGCCUCAGGUGCGUUUCCAAGCUUUGGUGCUCUCUAAUUUCUGACCCUAACUUUGCGGAAUUUCAUUUUCACCAUUCUUCCGCUUCCACCAACUCAUGCUUCUUCAUAAAAUACUCCUCUAUGGUGCACUUCGUUUACUUCGACGACAAUGAUGCAUCACAAAAAGAGAUGUGUCCCCCUUUCAACAAUGAACCACUUCCUAAUUUUGCGGUCUUGGGAUCCUGCAGAGGCAUUAUUGUCCUGCAUCGACACCCACAUUCUUUUGUGGUAUGGAACCCACUCACUGGAUUUAGCAAAAGAAUAUCCUAUUCUCAUCUUCUUCCUAGUCGUAAGUACCAUGGCAUUAGGCUUCCUAGUCUGCAUGGAUUUGGUUAUGAUGCAUCACAGGAUGAUUACUUACUUCUUGUAGCUUGGAACCAUUGGGAAAGGCAAUAUAAUUUGGAUUGCUUGUCCUUGAGAACCAAUUCAUGGAUUAAUCUUGAUGCUGCACUCUCCAAACCUCUGGGUGUUUUUGACCGCUUUUCAUGUGGGUUGUUCUUGAAUGGUGCUAUUCAUUGGCUGUCUUUCGCUCUCACAACUUACAAGGAUGCUAUUCUUAUCUUUGAUAUGAAGGAAAGGACUUUCUCAAUGAUGUCUGCCCCGGAACAACUGGUAAUGAUUUCAUGCAACUUUUCAGGUCUCGCCCUACUCGGAGGCUGCCUAGCCUUGUAUUAUCAGAAUCUUCAUAGCUGUAACACUGACAUAUGGGUAAUGAAAGAAUAUAAAGUGCACUCAUCUUGGAAUCUCUAUCAGAUUCCUUGCAAGGACUUUCAGCCAUUGUGCUUAUCCAGUAAUGGUGAUAUUAUUGGAAGAGGUUGUUCUUGGUAUGAUAAAGUUGGUUAUUUCAUAUAUAAUGUCAGAGAAGACUUGCUCAAUCGUUUUGAAAAUCUUUGUUGUCCGAAUCCCAACAGGGCAACUGUUACUGUGCAUACAGAGUCUCUGUUGCCACUCCCUAGUGACGUUGAGGAUAAGAAAAAAGAAGAAGGAGGAAAUAGGCCUUCAGAAUCAGAAUGAUGUCAAACAAGGAAAGAGAAUUAGGAGAGAAUGAUUGCACAAUAGAGACACUUAAUUCUGUUGUAAAUAAAGUGUAGAGUUGACAAGUUGAACUGGAAAAAGCUUCUAGAGAAUUUUAUUUUAUUUUCCCUUUGCUUUAAAGUAUGAUUUCCCUUCCAACAAUGAAUUUGAAAAACUGGAACAUUUGAAAGUGCAAAUAGAGCUUCCUCUAGUUGAAUCCAAUUUAUUAUUACUUUGUGAUUAAUGUACAAGUACUGAGCAUUUAGAUGUGACUUUUGACUAUCCGUGGUGAAACUUGAUUUAUCAAAUACCUGAGGAAUCAUUAAUCACUGUCAUGCUUUCUAUAGUCUAGUCUUGUGCUGAGGUUUUAUGGUUUAGCUCUUUUUCAUUUCAAAAGCUGUGAUCGUUACCAUGUAAAUCUUGUAUAUGCUUUGUAUACUUUCAGUUUCGAUGUUAGCUUUGACAACACCAUAAAUAAUUUUUAGCUGAUGUGGAUCUUAUAAUGUUAGGCACAUCACAAUGCAAUAAAACUCAUGAGAUUUAUCUUAAUGUCAUACAAGUAAUCAUGGCUGAUAAAACCAUUAGUCAAAAAAGUAUUGGUAAUUAACCAAAAACUUAUGUAGAGGCAGCGGUGCGAUGAAAUUUGUCUUAGUAACCAUGGGUAUCAGUAAAUUAUUUGGGGAACGUAAAUGCUGGUUUAACAACAGUUUAAGCGAAAUUCAACGGCCCUAGUUCAUUGGACAUGCCGGUAGAGUUUCAUAACAAACACUUAGUCAAAGCGAAAUGUGUAAAAGUAUUACAAAUACAUUGAAUUCUUCUCAAAUUUCCCUGUUUUCACAAACAAAAUCAACAGAUGUCAUGCAUAUCCGUUAAAUCCUUUUUAUGCUUAUGACUUGGGGAUGACAAAAUGUUAAAGGAAUCAUUCAUGCUGGAAAACUAUCAGAUGCAUACAACUUGUUGUCAUCAAUACAAGUAAAAAGGUAUUAGAUGGGGAGGCGGUUGGAUAAAAUGUAUAAGCAAUUUUUUCUUAUAUGAAAUGCAUCAAACACAUUAUUAUUGAAUAUUGACCCUCACUCUCCCAGUAGCAAGUAGCAACAAAUUUUAGUAGUGUAAAUAAAGCUUUCAAGGAGGUGACGCUUCUUGAGUGCUUAAUGUACACUUCUUG